AAGGGAUGAGUGUUUGCCACAAGCCAAGCAUUUAUAGUUGACUUCCACUUUGUCUCAGCGGAACUCAAGCUAUCCCAACUAACUAAAAGGACUAGUCAAAGUGGACAAGUUCUAUUAACUAACUCCAGAAUAAGUAUUGCCACUGUCUUCAACUGUAUAGACAUGGAACCGACUGUGCAGUUAGACCCUGAGAGAUGCAUCCUUGUACUGGGCCCUCAAGUUGCAGCAGAAUGCCUCUCCAGUCCAUCCAGACCUCCUGCAGCACUCAGCUACAAUAUGCUGCUAGAAGCAGGUGUCCAAAAGAUGCUAGACUCACAGACUGGGCUCAGCAAUGAGGAGAAGAUUAGAAAGAGAGCUCUGCUGGUGAAUGCAUAUGAGUUGGACCCUUCCUUUGUUGGCAAUGUGGUGGUCAACUCCCUCAAGAGGAACGAUAGCUACACUCAAUGGCUGGAAGAGUCCUUCUCCACCCUCUCCAAUCAUGCACACACCUCUAACCAGUUUGUAGAGAAGCUGCAAGCACUGCAGAAGAUGGGCGUACUAUUGAUAUACACCUACUAUGACGUUGUCCUCGAUCAAACACUGGGGACCCCUCCGGUCCUAAUGGAGAACGAAGAGGACGUCCAUAACUGGGCUAAUCGACAGUCUCGUGGAAUACUUCACGUCCAUGGGAUUCACUCGAAGCCAGACACAGUUUGCUGCGGUUGUGUCAAUUACGAGCAGAUAAUGGGAGGCUCAAGGAGUGGUCGUUUUCUGAGAGACUUUUGCAAGUCAAAAACUGUAAUAUUUGCUGGAUUUGAUGGUGAAUUCUACGACCCUUUCAUGCCCAAGUUCUCGAGUACAUUUGUGGACACUGUGGGCUCAAGGCAACCCCCUCUUCUCAUUUCCUGCAUGGCUAAGAUACCAAACACCGUGUCCUUUCUCACUCUGAAAAUAUCCCACAUGGCAAGCUUGGAAAGAAUUCUACUACCUUCUUCGCCACGACCAGCUGCCCCUAGGGAGAGCCUUGACUCAAGCAAGCAGCCAUUGAGUACUACCCUGCAUUAUGCUGACAUGAAAAGUUGUCAAGAAGCCGCCGAGCAUGUCAAGACUGUCUCCUCCAUCAAUGUCCAUCAGCUGACAAUGAGGCACGAGUUGUCCCACGAACUGGAACUAUUCCUCGACAGAGGAGGACUGAAGAGUCUCUGGGAGGUCCUCUUCUCCCAAGGUUCGAGCAAAUUGACCUAUGGACUCUUGGGCCUCACCCUGGGCUCUAACUUCACCGUGUGGCUGAAGAUACCUACUCAUGUCAGAGACAGAACGUCAGUUCACAUGAUGACAGUACCCAGCCCCUCCCUCUCCACAAACGUCUCGGUCAUACCCUCAGGGUACACACCGAUUGCAAGUCCCUCGGUCUCGCAGCCGCUCUCAAAGCACCUCGCACCCUCCACACGUCCCACACUCCCCUCCCCACUUGUCACAACCACCACACGCAGUCUCAUCGGUAUUGGGAAAACCGGCCACCUCCUCCCACCCGAGCUGCAAACACACCCGCCGUUACUCAACCCCAAACGGUUCCACUCAACGGCACACCUUAGGAAGGCCAAGUCGUACUAUGAUCGAUCCGAUACUCGCGACAGAGCUGAAUUUCCUUUGAAGAAAAAUGGGCUCCUAACGCACAGAGAGAGCGCUCCAGAAUUCAUGUACACACCCGAGGGUGUUGUUGCUUAUCAGUCUAUCCCCCGAACACCUUUGCCCUCUGCUCCGAAACCUACCUCGGUUUCACAGCCCUCCCCCCUCCUACGUGAUGGCAGCAAUAUCGAGCUCAAGAUCGAGUACAUUGACCAGUAUAGAGAAUCGAAAUCAAAGAAAGACAAAAAGACUGUCGAGGUUGACCACAAAGAGCAAAUCCUAGAAUACAUUCACGAUGCCAAACAAUGGAGCAAAAAUGUGGAGGCCAAGCUUCCCAAAAAGCCACUUUUAUCUUUUCCCACCGGUCAAGAAGGCGGCUCACUGUUACUAAACUCUAAUGUCACCGCAGAAGAACAGGAGAAAUUCCUUAAACAGCAUUUCGAAACGAUUCAACGAUCACCGCCCCCCCAGCUGAAGCACACCUCAUCAGCUAAUAGACUCUCUGUUGCAGGCACUCACAACACUCGACCGUCUCUCAGUCCAAGUCGCUCGCCUGGACUCCCACCCAGGACCUCACAAAUACCCACCUCUUUACAGCUGCCUUCAAUACCAACCCUCACAUCAUCAAUGAAUCCCAUGAAUCCGUUUUUCUUUGGACAAACUGGUUCCCCUAGCAUGUUUCCGUUUAUUGGCUCCAGUCCAACCAUCCUUGGCACAAGUGACUACUUAUCACCAGUAACCGCUGCUCUGCCACAGCUAGCCUCGUCUCCCAUCAAUCCUUACCAAGCAAUGAUGCAUUUUAUGUCGCAACAAGGCGGCAAGAAACCAAUGGUGGUCACCGAUCCCUCGAUUAUUCAGGGUCUACAGGGAAAUCUGCCCGAUGCCUUCCCCUGUUUGCUUCCUAAUGGUACCAUAGCCAUGUUCUCAGCAAAAAUGGCAAUGCAGAAAGAAAGUGAAGAGAUGUCAACUCGAGAGGAUGGUGAAAGAUCUCCGCAGGGCAAGACCAAACGAGUACGAACACCAGAGAUGGAGAGAGAAUUUUCCAAACCAAUGCCAAAAAGACGUCGAUCAAACUCCCUACCCGAUAUCUAUCAUCUCAGUCAAACAGAGAGACCUCGUGAGCAGCCUAUUCAAGAGGAAGCAGAAGAGCCGAUGUCCAAACCAUCUCAUGACACGCAUAAAUCGAUGAACCACUUUCCUGAAGGCCUCCGACCACGAGAGCUACACGUACCUCCUCUAAGUAUGAUGCACAUGCAACAAGAUCUCAAAGUGAUUCCGGAGCAAAUGCUUGGAUACCCCACCCCCCAGAGCAGCCCCUGUCCGGUGGGGGGGUUUGGCCUAUCGCAGUUUAUCGUAUCUACCCCCUCGUUUGCUCAUCAUCAGCCGAUGACCCCUGUGACCCCCAAUGAUUCGAUGACUGGCGAGGAGCUCAAGGAGUUUGUGGAAGCUGGUGAUGCACGAACACCCCCUCCCCCACCAGAAGGCAACCUUCCUCCUUUUCCCCAGGGCCGUGGACCUAUUCAGCUGUGGCAGUUCCUUCUAGACCUCCUCAUCUCCCCCGACAAGCAGCACAUGAUCCAGUGGACUGGCAACGGCUACGAGUUUCGUAUCAUUCUCCCCGAGGAAAUAGCCAAACUGUGGGGGGCACGCAAGAACAAGCCGCGGAUGAACUAUGACAAACUAAGCAGAGGCCUUCGAUACUACUACAGCAAGGGGAUCAUGGACAAAGUACCUGGGAAAAAACUAACCUUCAAAUAUACGUGCGAUGUUCAGCAGUUUAUUCAGAAGAGGAAUGCUCAGGGUACCCGCCCAUCCUAUGCAGCCACGCCUCUCACCCCCAUCUCCGCAACACCCGAUAUCAAGGACACUCUUGGAGCUCAAACUUUAGAACCCAAACAUCAAAACAACGAGGGUAAUUCCCCACAUUCCAUCACCACAUCCGUCUUCCACCGUGCCAUGUCUGGAGGGAAAUCCCCUUUGUUUUCGUCGCCGAUGCUCUUUGGAGAUUCUAAGCUGGGUGUGAGCAUAGCGUCCAAGAGCCCGAGCCCAGACAGUCCCGACACUUUGAGCGCAGAUGAAGACAACACUCGGUCGCCCAUUGUUCUCAAUCACAAACUAACUGCUGUCGAGAAAGUAUAGAUUUUUAUGAUCGGCAAACUGAUUAUGAGCAUUAUUUGUUAUUGCAAAUUAAUUUUUCAGGCUUAGUUUAUACUAGCUAUCAUUAUUUUGUGGUUGACUUGGCCCGUUUGUUUCAUAUAAUUAUAUUGUAUACAUGUGCACUAAACAUACGUCCUAUAUUGUAUUAUGUGUCAGCA